AUUUAGCAAAAAUUAAGACGAGUGUUCAGAGGGUGUGUACCCAAAACAAGAGAGAACCGAAAGAAAUAAUUGAUUGAAAAUUAUAUAGUACAUAAAAUAUUUCAAGACAAUUGUGCGUUUUCAAAAGUGCAUUUUACAUCAAGUAAACUUAGAAAUUUUAUAGUACAUUCAACAGAAGUACAAGUGAAAUACAUAAAUAAAUUUUUGCUGCACAGCUGCAAAACAAAUAAGUUGAGUACGCGGCGCUAAAGUAAAGCAAAGCAAAAUGGGUAAAGAUUUCUACAAGAUUCUGGGCAUUGACAAGAAGGCCACAGACGAUGACAUUAAGAAGGCGUAUCGAAAAUUGGCACUCAAAUACCAUCCGGAUAAGAACAAGAGUCCGCAGGCCGAGGAGCGUUUCAAGGAGAUUGCCGAGGCCUAUGAGGUGCUCUCCGAUAAGAAGAAGCGCGACAUAUUUGAUCAGUAUGGCGAGGAUGGGCUGAAGGGCGGACCACCCGGAUCCGAAGGCGGCGGACAACCGGGUGCCUACUCCUAUCAGUUCCAUGGUGAUCCACGCGCCACAUUCGCCCAGUUCUUUGGCUCGCAGAAUAUCUUUGGAGCGUCAGAUCCGUUUGGCGCUUUCUUUGGCGGUGGUGGCGGCGGCAACGGUGAUGGCACCGAACAAAUCUUCAUGAAUAUUGGCGGCGAUGAGAUGUUUGCUGGCGGCGGUUUUGGAGGUAACCCCAUGGGCGCCUUCCGUUCACAAUCAUUCAAUGCACAGGUGCCCAGUCGGAAGCGUCAGCAACAGGACCCACCGAUCGAGCAUGAUUUGUAUGUAACGCUGGAGGAGGUCGACAGAGGCUGCACAAAGAAGAUGAAAAUCUCGCGCAUGUCAAUGACAACGGGCACAGCGCGCAAAGAGGAAAAGGUGCUAAGCAUCACUGUUAAGCCUGGCUGGAAGGCCGGCACCAAGAUCACAUUCCCCAACGAAGGCGACCAGGCACCACAAAAGCUGCCGGCAGACAUCAUCUUCAUCAUACGCGACAAGCCGCACUCGCAAUUCAAGCGCGAGGGCAGCGACUUGCGCUACAAUUCUCAGAUCAGUCUCAAGCAAGCGCUGUUGGGCACCUCAGUGACGGUGCCAACGCUGCAUGGCGAACGCAUACAAGUCAAUACGCAAGGCGAAGUCAUAAAACCCAACACAGUGAAGCGCUUCAGUGGGCGUGGACUACCCUUCCCCAAGGAGCCGUCGCGACGUGGCGAUCUGAUCGUCGCCUUCGACAUCAGAUUUCCGGAUAAGAUUCCAAACAGCUUAAGAACAGUGCUAGCGGAAUCGCUGCCAAACUAAAUGUGAUGGUCGACUCGGUUGUCUUGUACAAUGUUUAGCUUUGUACUCUAUCAUAAAAUCUGUAAAGUAUGUUUUUAGUUUAAGUUUCUAAUUAAGUUUACCCAUAAUAUAUAUUUUCCUAUGUAUAGGACGCAAAAUUAAUUUUUCUGUGUAGGCUUGAAAAAUUAUGUUACCUUUUCAAACGUGUGUUUAGGAAUUCGAUGUUAAUGUUGAUAAAUGCAAAACCUUAGAAUUGAAUUUUCGCGAUAAGAUAAAAAAUCAAUAUACAAAUCACUGAAUACAACUACACACACAUACAUGUAGUAUGUACGAGAUAGCUGAACGUGUUUUGUGCUGGAGACUGAUCGGUUACUGAAUUAUAUAUAUUUUUUGUAUCAUAUUCUAAACAAUAAACCAAAGUAAUUAAUGAUAUUGCAAAUUGUUAAAAUAUAUUCACGUCGUUACUACU